AGCGCGGCCAUGGCGUACGGCGGCCUGGCGGUGCCCAUCAUCGUCAUGAGCGUGUUCUGGGGGGUGGUCGGCGGCGUCCUGCCCUGGCUCGUACCCAAAGGGCCGAACCGCGGGGUUAUCAACACUAUGCUGGUGACCUGUGCUGUUUGCUGCUACCUGUUUUGGCUGAUUGCAAUUCUGGCUCAACUCAACCCUCUCUUUGGGCCGCAGUUAAGCAAUGAAACAAUCUGGUAUCUUAGAUAUCACUGGCCUUAAGGAUGUCUGUGCUGUGCUGCAGUUCAUUGACAGGUGAAGAAGAGAUGAAAAACUCCACUGACCCAAAGGUGCCUUUUCCAUAGCUGGCUGGAUAUGAAGCCUGCAGUAAUGCCUUAACUUUUCUAAUGUUCUUCAAGUGGCCUCUUCAAAAUUCUGUGGUUUUUCCUACUGUUCCAUUUAGCAGACUGCCUAAUGCAAUUUAUACUCCUCUUUGGUGCUGUCAAUUUUUGACUGUUAACUCCAGAUGUGAUGAAAAUUUCUAUUUUUACGGGUCAUGGAAUCACAUUUUAUCUGUAAUAACACUUUUUAUUUGCAGGUCUUAGCUUGUCUGUCACUGUGCUGUUCACCCCUGUUCUGCUUGCACUGGACAAAAAUGUGUGCAAUAAACUGUGUGAGGAGAGGAGAAACAGUGGUACCACGUGCUGAUGGCAAUUUUUUUUGUUGUUUUUUUUCUAAUGAAUUGUAUUCUUGAGAAACUGGCCUUAAAUUUCUCAUGCCUGGAAAUAAACCUAAUCCUCUGCUUGAUACAAAAUGUUCUUGUGCCAUGUUUAACUGUUACUUUUCUGUGGUUUUAAUUGGAUACUUGGAGUAGAGCUGAGGAUAUUUAGAUGAUGUGGAUAAAUUAUAAUGAAGUUAAAUAGUAGGAAUAAAUGGGGGAUUGUUGCCUGUAUGGAGACCUCUGGGGUAGAUCUAUAAUAGGAUUAAAUUUGCAAUCUAAGAUUGCUGAAAGGUGCAGGACUAAGUGAAAGCGUGGCUUGAGAGCCUUUUUUCCAGGAACUUCUCAUUGUGUGAGGAGUACUCAGAGUAGCAAAGGCAACGUGGUUAAUUUGGAUGAAACCUUCAGAGUGAUUUUGACAGGAGGCUGAUUUAAUCCCUGGGUAUUGAUAGGAGCAAAUGGCUUGAAUUGAACAGCAAACAUUGCAGUUGUUUUGUACUGACCUCACCCUUGCAUGUGGAAUUGCAGACCUGGGAAAGCACAUGGCAACGUAGGCAAGAGGUUCCUGAGGUUCCUCAGCAUCAGCUGAGUCCGUGGGACUGGGGAUGGAUCUGGUCAGCUGUUGGCUGAGCAACAGCUUCAAAGGAUAUAAAUUCUGCUUCCUGAAUGCUUCCUUACCUCGUGGCCAGAUAAAUCACAGUUACUCCCUUUACUG